AUAAUAAUCGCUGACCGAAAUGUUUAGGUAUUCGAACAUGGCGGACGAAGGGAAUGUUUUGAAGGUCGCAGCUUUAACCUCGAAAUUAACCUACAUUUGUCGAUAAAUUACUGUUUUCUGUUGCUGGAACAAAUUACUUUCCUAGGGAAUAUAUAAGAAAUAUGUUUGAAGUAGAUGCAUGGGAUUUGAGCACGGAGAAGGAAGAAAAAUUAUUGCAUGGUCUAUUUGGUGAGAAAUCCAAACGAAAACGUAAAAAAAGGAAAGAAAAAACACCAACGGUGCCGAAUAAGAAGAAAAAUGAAGAAGAGAAGGGUUUGUCAUUUUAUGAUAAUAUAAAUGGAGUUUCAAUUAAAAGUGACAAUUCCAAAAAAACAAAGAACUCGCACGCCAAAACAACAGAGGUAGCUGACUCUUCAGAGCACGUGACUAGAAAAAGAAGGCGGAAGAAAAAGUCAAAAAGUGAACAUGCUAAGGAUAGCGUCGUGAAUAUAAAUGUAAAAGAGGUGGUUGGACCAGUUACUGGAAAUGGAAAGGCAGAGAAAGCUAUGAAAGAUAAAAAAGUAGAAAAUGAAAAUGUGGAAGAAAUGAAUGAAAAUGGAUCAAAAGCAAAAAAGAAAAGGAGAAGAAGAGCAAAGAAAAGAAAUGACGAAUUGAAGCAUACAAAAACAAAUGAAGAAAACAAUAUUUCAGCUAUACAUACUUCACCAAAGAUACCCAAUUCAUUAGAUCAAAAGAAAUUUACCAAUACAGAACACAUUUCAUCAAGUGGCAAGUUUGGCUUGCAAGAAAAAUUAAAGAAAAAGCUUGAAUCAUCAAGAUUCCGAUGGAUAAAUGAGCAAUUGUACACAAUACCUGGCGAUGAAGCUUUCAGUUUAUUUGAACAAGAUGCAUCAUUGUUUGAUGUGUACCACCAAGGGUUCAGGAGACAAGUACAGCAAUGGCCUAUCAAUCCUGUUGAUGUUAUCAUUGAUUGGGUAAAACAGAGGUCGUCCUCAUUAGUGUUAGCAGACUUUGGAUGUGGAGAGGCAGUCAUUGCCCAGUCAGUACCCAACAAGGUUCACUCAUUUGAUCUGGUAGCAGCUAAUGACAGAGUGACUGCUUGCAAUAUGGCAAAGGUUCCACUGAAUUCUGCCUCUAUUGAUGUUGCUAUCUUCUGCCUUUCACUAAUGGGCACCGACUUGGAAUCUUUCUUGAAGGAAGCACACAGAGUGUUAAAACCAGGUGGUCUGUUAAAGAUCGCUGAAGUUGUAAGCAGGAUGGAAACAAAUACGUUUAUACCAGCUUUGUGUCAGCUUGGUUUCAAGCUUGAUAAUGUGGAUGAUUCCAACAAGAUGUUCAUUCUUCUUGAUUUUACCAAAGAUCAUCACCCCGAAAUAGCGAAAGAGACGUUAAAUUUGUCUGGUCUAGAAUUAAAGCCAUGUAUCUAUAAAAGACGCUGAAACAAUGAGUGCAUGAUGCCUAAAUGCUCAAAGAUCUGAGAAAUUAAAAAAAUGUACAAUAAAAUAUGACUCAUAUGUACACAAAAUGAGACCAAUUUAUUAAAAUAUAUUACUGUGACAUUUCAAUCUUGSAAAUGAUCAUGUACAUUAA